AUGCCUCACCAGACCCUCAUCUCUAAAAUUCCGCCUAGGUGGAGAGCUGCCAGCGUUAUUUUUAUUUGCUUUCUGAUCAUCCUAUUUACGUAUCAUUACAAGCACUCCAAUGACGACAAUACAGCGUCUUGGAAACAAAAACCUAGCCUGCCUGAAGAUGAAUAUUCUGCAACAUUGUUCAAGCCAAAACAGGAUUCUGGAAGUGACAUUCACUUUCAAUCGCAGUUGCCCAGAAUACAGACUGACUUUGAGACCGAAACACAGGAGGAAAGGCUGACAAGGGAGAACAGACGAGAAGCGGUCAAAGCGUCGUUUAUGCAUGCAUGGAACGGCUACAAAACAUACGCUAUGGGAGCAGACGAAUUACGACCACUAUCAAACAAAACAAACAACCCAUUUGGCGGACUCGGCGCUACCAUGAUCGACAGUUUAAGUACUAUGCUUAUUAUGGGUCUGGAUCAAGAAUUUCAGCAAGUUCUGCCGCUUGUGGAUCAGCUCAAUGUGCACGUCAACGAGUCGUUGAGUGUGUUUGAAACUACGAUUCGGUAUGUUGGUGGUCUCUUGAGCGCAUAUGAGCUAUCAAAUCACCCAGAACGAGAUAUCCUGCUGAGAAAGGCAGAACAAUUGGCCAUUGCAUUGUUACCAGCUUUUGACACACCAUUCGGAAUACCCUAUUACAAAUUUAAUCCUAUAACGCUUGGCUAUGAAAGUUAUCGUACCUAUUUAGCUGAUGCAGCCACAAUUCAGCUAGAGUUCUAUACUUUAUCACAUCACACACAGAAUCCAAUAUACGCAGAAAAGGCUCAAGCGAUCACUGAUUUCUUGGAAUCAUACAAACGAAGUGAUUACACUUAUGGAGCCAUUCCUCCAGGGCUGUUUCCUAACGAAAUCAACGUUAGAACAGGAAAGUUUUUGUUUUCUUCCAUUGGAUUCGGAGCAAUGGGCGACAGUGCGUACGAGUACUUUCUGAAGGAGCACAUCUUUACAGAUGGCCAAAUGCCUCAAUUUUCACGAAUGUACACAAAGGCAAUUGAUUCAAUGAAGGCCAACAUGCUGGUUCAAAUCCCAGGUACAAAAAUGCUGCAUCUUCCUACAUUCAAUACCAAACGAGGCAAGGUGGAUAAUACCAUGGAUCAUUUGACAUGCUUUGUACCUGGCAUGCUGGCCAUGGGAUCCAAACUAUUGAAUAGACCUGAGGAUUUGAACAUUGCCAAGGGUAUUUUGGACACUUGCAUUUACAUGUAUCGUUCGUCAAAUACCAACCUCUCGCCUGAUGCUUGGAUCAUUGAUAAUGACCAGUUUAUGCCUUACAACAAAUACACUUUUGGAAAGACAAAAGAAGAGGUGAGCAAAUUGGGCGCAUGGUGGGACAAGCUCACUGGUCCAGCCAUCACGGAUCCAGUGGAAGUUCCCAAUACCAAAAAUCGUACAUUGGAUGCUGUGGCCAAGCUGCCUCUUGGCUGGGUUGUGUCAAAUGAUGCUCGUUAUCUGUUACGUCCAGAGACGCUUGAAAGCUUGUUUGUCCUUUACAGAAUUACAGGUGAUCCCAGAUACCAAGAAUAUGGCUGGGAGAUUUACCAAGGGAUUGAAAACUACUGCAAAACUCCCAGUGCUUAUGCUUCAGUAAAAAAUGUUCAUUCUUACAGAAAGAAACCGUUCUUGAAUCAGAUUGACAGUAUGGAGACAUUUUUGCUCGCAGAAACGCUUAAAUACCUGUAUUUGCUUUUCAGCCCACCUAAUGUGAUUUCUCUUGACGAAUAUGUACUGAAUACAGAAGCCCAUCCGUUAAAACGACGCCCAUUCAAGGUACAAUUUAAUAUUAGACAUUAG